AUAUAAAAACCUUUCGCCGGGUCUUUCUCCCACUCCGUCGUCUCGUCCAAAGUGGCAAAAGCCCUGCUUACUAUCUCUCUCUCUACGUAACCCUAAAAAGAGCAUCCUGACUGAUGGAGGUCGACUUCGCUGAGUAUCGAUUGCGCUGUCAACUUCGAGGCCACGAAGACGACGUUCGUGGUAUAUGUGUAUGUGAUGAUGUGGGUAUAGCGACUUCUUCAAGAGACAGAACCAUCAGGUUCUGGUCUUCUAAUCCAUUGAAUAAUGGUGACUACACUAUGUCUAAGAUACUGUUGGGGCACACUAGUUUUGUGGGGCCAUUGGCUUGGGUUUCACCGAAUGCGGAGCUUCCAGAAGGUGGUAUUGUAUCUGGUGGGAUGGAUACUCUAGUUCUGGUGUGGGAUUUGGCAACUGGAGAGAAGGUUCAGACACUGAAAGGUCAUCAACUGCAAGUCACUGGCAUUGCAUUGGAUGGAUCGGACAUUGUAUCAUCGUCGGUAGAUUGUACAUUAAGACGGUGGAGGAAAGACCAACCUAUUGAAAUUUGGGAGGCUCAUAAGGCAGCAGCUCAAGCAAUUAUAAAGUUACCUUCAGGCGAGUUUGUUACAGGUUCAAGUGACACAACUUUAAAGCUUUGGAAGGGGAAGACAUGUGUGCAUACGUUCGUAGGGCAUACAGAUACUGUUCGAGGCCUGGCUGUGAUGCCUGGUUUGGGAAUUCUUUCUGCCUCCCAUGAUGGGUAAGUUUUUCCACUUUCUUUGAUGUUUUUUGUUGCUUGCUUUAGUUAACCCAUCUCAACUAGAUUCUCAAGUCUUAAUCACAAAUGCACGUGUCUGCUUUGUUGGCCUCCUUCAUUAGUCAGUUACGUUAAGUUUGAUGUGAUUGAAAAUAAUAAUUCACUAUAGUACAUAGUUCAAUCAAAGUAUCGGCCGAUACAGAUACAAGUUAGUCAAGUCAUAUCCGACUUGACACCUUCUGAGAUGAUACUAUUACACGAUAUGUAUAAACACGUAUUGCACCCAACU